GUUGCCACACGUGAUCAUGAGACCAUAGGUCCACAAAUCACAAAUGCACGAUGCGGUGAUGCAGAGAUUUUUUUAUUUUCUGGUUCUCUUCGUUCUGUCCACACAUUUACUUACACACACGUAAUGCACAACCAGAGACACAGAGAUAGGGAGAAUGGCGAUGAUGGCGUCGUCAACCCUCGUUUCAUUUCAGAAGGGACUUCAGGUUUUCUGCAAAAAGAAAGAUAGAGAUCGAGAUAUUUAUCCCUACAAGGUCAUUGAAAUUACUCCUCCACCUAAGAACCUUGGCAUUCGUUGCUUUCCCUCCAAUAUACAUUGCGGGGAGAGUGUGACAAUCGAAGGCCAAGCUUACACAAUUUCAGCUGUAAUUCAUCGGUACCAACUUCGAAAGGGAAAGUAUGAACCCAGUGAGAAGCGGCUUGAUGUGCAGUCGACUGGGAGAUACAUUCUAAAUAUGUAUCUGGAGAAUCUGCUAGAGCAAUCUUGACAUUGAUUGUUGCCUAAAUUCAGAGUAAAUUAUUAAGUCUUCAGUCAUUUUACCAUCCAUUAUACAUCGCCCCACCCUUCACCAGCAAAUUAGAUUGUUGCUUUCUCCCUUUUAUGUGGGGGUGGGGGGUGGUUAAAGUGGAUGAAGCUGUGUUACCUUUAUAAUAUUCCACUUGGUCGGUGUGUAUCAGUGUAUGUAUAGACUUAACAUCUAUAACCAAAUGCCCGCUUCACCGUCUGGUGUAAAAUACUUCCCUAUUUGAAUGUGAGAUUGCUAGAAAAUUGUUUAAUAACUGAACCAGAAUUCUGUUAA